CUGCACGGAGAAAGCAGCAGGCCUGUAAGGAGCUAGAGGAAGCUUGUCAGCUACAGACUGCUCACUCUUAAUUGUCUCCGUGGCAGCUGCUGAGAUCCGACGAGAUCCGAACACAAAAUGCGCCAAUUAUCCGCAACAGACGGACGUGCGGUCGUGCGUAUUCCGAGCAAUACAUUUUAAUGAAAUCAAAGACGUCCGGUUAAAACGUGAUCGCUUAUUUAUUGAUGGUUGUUAGAAGAACGUGUGGUUGUCUUUUUUCUACAUAAUCUUUCUUUUUUUUUCCGCGUAAUUUGGCAACGAGAGUUGGAUGCCUCGUGGACGGGGAUUGUUUUGGCCAGGAGCUCUCUAGUGCUCUCCCUCCUCCCUGCAUCCGUUGCUGUCCUCAACAGCAGACACGGAGACUCAGACGGCGGAUAUCUGUAUGCAGCAACACUGUAAACAAACAAGGAGCCGUUUUAAUGAAAUCAAGCGUCGCUGCAUCCCGGUUGAAGCCUUCAGUUAGCAAUGUGCCUGAGAAUUCUCCAGCUGCUCUUCCGUGCUUUUUUUUUUUGAGAAUGGAAUCAUAGUGAAACUCUCUGGGAUUUAGAACAACUGCGAGCAUGUUGCAGCCUUCCACCAGAACAGGUGACAGCCUGUUGGAAACAUUACCUCACUGGAGUAAGUCCCAGAGAUGGGCCUUAUUCCUCACCCUCUGCACAACUCUCUGGCUUCCAGAGGCAGCAGGAUCUACACUAAACUGCCAUAAGAUGUGCAUCUGCGCCGCAAACAUCGUGAGCUGCUCCAAAAUGAAUUUGACCAUCGUCCCGACUGCUCUACCUGUCUACACUUCUGUGCUGGAUGUCAGCUAUAAUGAGAUAAUCCGGCUGCAAUCUGAGUGGACCCCAGUCAAGCUCCCAAAUCUGCACAACCUCCUGCUUAGCCACAAUGGUCUCCAGUUCCUGUCUUCAGAGGCGUUCACAAAUGUGAAGCACCUGCGCUACUUGGACCUGUCCUCUAAUGAAUUAAAGCAGCUGGAUGAGUUCAUAUUUGAGCCUUUGUCCAGGCUGGAGGUCCUCCUGCUGUACAAUAACAAGAUUUCACAGAUUGACCGCACAGCCUUUAUGAGCAUGAUUAACCUUCAGAAGCUAUACCUUAGCCAAAACCAAAUUUCCCGCUUCCCUGUGGAGCUGGUCAAGGAAAAGACCCGCCUAGAGAAACUCAGCCUCCUGGAUGUAUCCUCCAACAGGAUCAAGAUUUUGCCCAUUGACGAGCUCCAGAUGUUGCCUGCCUGGAUUAAAAAUGGCCUCUACUUCCACAAUAACCCUCUUCUCUGUCACUGUGACCUCUACACCCUCCUGGUACACUGGUACCUGCGAAAGCUCAAUUCUGCUAUGGACUUCAAAGACGACUACACGUGUGUUUUACCUGGACCACAAAAAACCCAAGUACGAGUUUUUGACCUCAGUGGUGAUAGUAUGAACUGCAGCACAUUCAAGGAGGCAGAUGAAGAGGCUUUUCUGGAUCAAACACUGACUCUUAGCUGCGACACCAAACACAGAAAUAUGUUAAAGACCUGGACAUUGCCCGGUAAUGUGCUGGUGACACCUGAAAGCAACCAGACAGCUAAAGUGCUGUCAGAUGGGAACCUGCAGAUUAGUCCAGUGAGGUCUGAGGACUCCGGGACCUACACUUGUUUUGCCAUGAGUGAGGGAUUUAAUGAGACUAUCUAUGUGGUGCUCAAGGUUCACAAUUUCACCAUGCAGGGGGUUGGGGAGACCCUGAACACAGCAUACACCACCUUGGUAGGUUGCCUAGCCAGCGUGGUGCUGGUGCUUAUGUAUCUUUACCUGACACCAUGCCGCUGUUUUUGCUGCCCUAACAAGGGUAAAGCCCGGGGUGAGGACAGCAUCCACUCCUCAAUGCUCAGCGUGACACCGACCCACGAGGACCCAGCACUCAAGGCCGAACUGAACAGGCAUGUGGCUUUCAUAGACUCCAAGGACUUGCAGGGACAAAAUGGUAAGCUGAACCCCAAUGGGGAUGAGGAUGAUGAUGAUCUGGAUGCAGAGGCUGGCUCUCUAAUGAAAGGCAAAAGGAAGAAGUCCGUAGCAGAGUCCAUUAGCUCCGUCUUUUCAGACACUCCCAUGGUGGUCUGAGAUGAGACUGGCAAAGACAUUGGAUGCCACGUAACUGGAUGUAUAUGAUACAAUGUGAGCCAUGUUUUAGUUCAUGUGAACUGUGACGUUGUGGGAGGGAACUGCAGAGAAAUGCUCUUCUGCAGUUGCUGGCAAGUGGAAAGUAGGAUUUCAAAGGGAGUAAAACUCAAACUGUCUUGUUGUCGAAAAGGACAAUAGGCAAGACUUUUCCAGCAUUUUGAUCUGUAGCACUUAAUAUUCAUACUGUGAAGGAAUAUCAGUGUACACGGAAAGGGAAAACUAAGAGUCUUAUGAGAGUACAACGUAGAUGUUAUGUUGUUGUCAGCACUCAGGAAGUGAUCAAUUAAACUGAAAAAGUUGGGGAAAAAAAUGCAUAGGCUGAAAUUAGAUUUAAGAAACAUAAUAGUUCAUGCAUAGUAUAUAUUUAAUCCAUGGGUAGCUCAUAAUUGUAUUCAUUAUUAAGCAUUAGAAUAGAUUGCAUCUCAAGUAAACAUUAGAGCACAGGUUUAUGUACCCCUCCUCUAUCAAGGAGAAAGAGAUUUAGACUGACUACGUCACUAGGCUAUGAAUAUAUUGACCUUAACCUUGAGUCCUCUAUAGUAAAACAAUACGCUAUAAAACAGCAUUAUACAAGAUCCCAGCCUGAACUGUAUGAGUAAGAAAAAGAAAAUACAGAUUUUUCAGAUGUUUAGUCAUUCACUGAAGUAGCACAAACCACCACAGGUCAUUUUCAUCCUACGUCAUGCUCCAGCCGCUAUAUGUUAGGGAAUCAGUUAAUAUACAGUAGAUGUAAGUUGCAAAACUUUUAACUAUCUCUAGGCUAAUUAUUCUUUACAAAUGAACUGUUCAUCAAAAUAGUUGCCUCUUAGCUGCUGCACAGUAUAACCCGAAAGAAACAUGCAGCCUUACGCAAUUAGAAACAUGGAACACCUCCAACAGACACACAUUAGCUGCAGGGAAGUAUUUUGUUAUGACUGAUUAUCAACAUACUGUCUCAAUUGUAUACACAGAAAGGUGCCACAGUCCUUACAAGGAUGACAAGGCUUCUGUUUGUUGUCCCGCUGAGGUGCCACUCGCUGUCAAGUUUGACUCCUUCUCCUGGUCAAGUUACAGCAUCAGUUCCUGUCAGCCACAACUUCACAAAUUUAAACAACAAGAUAAAGAAAAAAGCUGAAGAGUUUAUUUUAUUUUUGCAUCUCACACAAAAUCCUGAAAUAAAUUUUAAUGGUUCAGCACAAAUUUGAAUCCAUACAGCUUAAUUUUUUUGCAUUUGAUCUUGCAUUUUGCUCAGAUGGGCAGUUCCUACUGUCAUUGAACAUGUAGCUGUUUGUUAUGGUAGUUCUGGGUUGUAUCAGCAGGUAAAGAUUAAAGGCUGAAUAACAGUAAAACCCUCCUGGCUACUCCAGAAAAUUAAGCUUAUAAGUAAUAUUGAUGAGGCUGUACAUAAUAGCUGCUGACAGAAAGUAUCUGUUAGCACGGGGGGACCCAAGAUCUUUUGAAAAGAUCCCUCUGCCAGCAUAUAUUAUCAAAUUAACUGUAAAACUAAUUUCAUGUGCGGGACAUCUGGCAUGCAGCACAUAAUUCUUUAACAAUUUUAAAACAGGAGACUGUCUCUUAGCAUAAACAUGAUAGAUUUAAUUUAACUGUGCAGCGUUCAUGUCAUAAUACAACAAGGCCAGCCUGGCGUAAAUGCUAAUUGCUUCUUUUGAUGGGAUGUAGCAUCCCUCUGCCUUCUGUGUCUUUGUCUCUUUGAGCUGGAGGGGAUCAGUGUGUUAUCAUGAGUCACAGCAACACAAAACCAUUCACCCUGGCUCUGCGUAUACGGACAGCCUCAAUUCAGCCCAGAUGUGUUUGCUUUGUUUGUGUACGUCUGUCGUUGAGGCUGCCCUUACUUAGUUCAAAAGCAAUCAUUCAACUAGGCAAUGAACACGAUGCCCUUUAGGUAGUCUGCAGUUUGUUAAUGAGGGAAACGCCUGCACCUUUCUUUACACAUUUACGCUCCAACUUAGUCAUACGGGUGAAAAGUACUGUAAAAUAUGGUAAUUUAUCAUGCUUUUGAGUUCUGCUUCAAAAAUGCCAUCUAUUAGAAUUGAUAGUCACUAAAUCACAUAUACAGUAUCUUGCAACUAAACACACAAAGACGUGUGCAUUCGUGGGUGCAAUAGGUUUGUACGCAAAAUAGGUGGAAUAGUCACAGACGCCAUGCGCUCCACUAAACGUCUCCUGCGUGGGCGAGAAAAGGAAGUCACAUUUAUCUGAGAGGUGGUGUGUGUGAAUCAUUCCACUCUCUCACACAUUGGAAUACCAGGUGGAGAAAUGAAGAAGAGCAAAAAUGUAAAAAAAAAAAAAAAAUACAACAACAUGCUUAAAUAAAGCCACAUUUAGUAUGACCGCAGACGGAUUCCAUUUGGCCAAGAUGCUCACAUUUCAAGGAAUCCCAUUUUAAGGUUUUCUCCUGGUCCCUGCUCAGACUCCUCACCUUUCGAGCUGUGGAGAUAAGCUGAGAAACAAAAAAGAUGACACAAUACACAGAUAUUCCCGCCACUGAGCACGCUAAAUUACCAGAUCAGUGGGAAAUGGUUAUGUUUUCCCUGCAUGAACCCGAUGUCAGUCCAGUUAGAUCUGCUGUGGCUAAUGGGUGGUCCACUCGCCUGUGUUGUCAUUUAAAGUACAGGUUGCAAUUCUGUAUAAAUUAGUGCUUUUCCAAGGAUCCUAAAAUAGAAAGAAAGAGUGUCUUUGUUCUCUUCAAAGCAAAUCUGCCUUCCUAUAUAUAAUAACUAUAUAUACAGUAUAUAUACGUAGUGAGACUCACUUUCUGUGUUCAGUAUUGAUUAGUUGUGGACUGCUAUGUUCUGCCAGUGUAAUGACUGUAUCCUUGUAUAAUCUGAUGAUGUUCAUUUUGCAUUUUGUCUGUCACUGUGAUCUUGUUAGUUGUUUUAACAUUCAAGUCUUGAUAUAUGUUUAUUUUUUUAAGCCAGGUGGGGGUUUAUUUGUUUUGUUUUUUUUAUUAUUGAAAGAGGAUGUAGUUUACAGUCAUCUGGUGAUGAAUAUGACUAAACAGAAAAUGUAUCUGAACAAAACAUGCACAGGAAAAGGGGGAAGUUUUGAAAUAACUGAAUAAUUGUAUAUGAUACAUCCUAAUGGGCAGUGAGUAUGUAGCCUCAAGUCAUAUUCAGUCAGUAUUUGACUUUGCUAAUAAAGCCAUAAGCAACGCAGUGCUUUAUCACAUUGAUGAUAUGUCAGACGAUGAAGGGAGCUCCAGGUAGGUGCAUUUUGCAGCAGGUGUGUUGUGACAAAGCAACAAGUUUUCUGUAUGUUUAAAUGAUUUAAAAAAAAAAAAAAAAAACCUGAGAUGUGGGAAAUCAGGAGUGAUCUCCACUCACACGGUGAAUUCCUGGAACAUAAUGGGUUCUAAAUGGCUUUAAACAUAAUGGGCGAGCAAAUCUCAGGACUAUCUCAGUUCUAAUGUCACAUGAUGUGAAACUUAGGGAUCACAUUUUAAAGACUUCAUAUUUGUAAUAUCAGUGAGACAAAAGUCUUUGGGUCUGAAGAUCUGUGCAUUUUACAGGCCCUUUGCUAUUUACACUAAUGAUACAUUAACUCACAAAUUAGGGAAGUGAGUCAUGUCUCACUGCGCAGCACACAUCUCCACUCAUCUAGCUAUGAAGUAGCAGUUAAGGGAACAUUUAUGAUUUGGUGAGGCUAAAAGCGUGGUGCUUUAAGAGUGCUGCUAGUCUCCAAAGGACAUGAAGGGAGCUUUUAACAGCAUACAAAGUACUAAAUUUAUUGACCACUACUUGGAAGAUGAGAUGAUUGGUUACUGCCCUAAGAACUGAAUGGUCUUGCAGCUAAAGGUGAAUGGCUUUGCAUGGUAUGCUUAGGAGCUUCUCUGACUUCAUAAGUAUAAACCAGUAGGCGUUAAAAACAAUACUGAUAUAUCUUUUGGCUUAA